AUGGCCCAGACGCGAAACGCCUUCAUAAAGCUCAAAGAUGCGAUCAAAGAUCUCGAGACCAUAACGAGCCCGGACUCAGAGAUGUAUUACAGGACACAAUGGCCUGGACUAUACAUCGCCGAAGACUUCGCAAACAUGCCUGGCCAUCUCUCCAUUCUUCAAGACUACGUCAUCGAAGCCAAAGAAGAACGUAUAGUGAACUGCCUGUGGGACUCUACCUGGGAGAUAUCUCACACACUUUCCGGUCCGACUGUGAACAUGGCAGAGAAGGCUGGCACUCGCGUACGUGGUGUUCUCGUGCUUGAAGCAGAACUGUCGGAGUGUAUGACGAUCUUAUACAAGCCGGCUGAGGGUCCUGGAGUUCGCACGCAUGUGAGACCGUUUACCGAGCGAGACGGAUACCUCUUGAAUUACGUAGCCGGGCAGGGCCCAUCGGUGCGACCAGACCCCCGACCUCUGAACGACUCUGCAGAAAAUAUCGAACUAUCGUCGCAUGCAACCGGUAGCGAGGCCAGUAGAGAUGCUGCCAACGCUGAGGACAACACUGAGCCUAAAGGAAAAGCCAGGGUGACGAUGAAGAUGCCCGCACACGCAGCCCAGAGCGAGGGCGAAAGCGAGGAUGAAGACCGUGUGAACCAAGCGACCUUCCUCUGUUGCCGCCGAGACGGAUCAGGGACGUACUACCUCAUUGUAGACGACACCAAGGUCUACCACCAACGAUUAAGUCCGGGUAUAGGAACAAGUUUCGACGACGAAGAUGGUGAUUUCAUCCGCAUGUAUGAAGAGGGACCGAAGGAACCAUACCGUUCAUUCAAGUUGAGCGAACAUUAUCCUGUCAUUCUGAGCUAA